AUGCAUAGUUGGCUAUUUGAGUUUUGGGAAUGGUUAAGAGACCAUUGCCCCAGUUUCGAUAGGGGAACGCCCAAGCCAUUGAGAUCAUGGUUAGUACGACGUUCUGGACUUACGAUUAUGGGGAUAUCUAUGGUGAUUAUAUUUUUUGUGAUCCCGUUGAGUAACUAUCUAAAGCUUAAACCGUUUUUCUUCAAGGUUGAGCACAGACUUAAGCAUCAUACUUUCAAAAGGACUGCAUGGAUCCAUAAAUCGUCGAUUUACCACAAUGAGUCGUUGCAAAUCACUGUGUUCUGGACCGUUUUGAUGUUUACAUUGGUGCUAUACGAUUGUAAUAAUGACCUUUUGAUCAUAACGAAGAGGCUCGGACGGAUACCGGUUUGCAUGAUGCCUGCUCUUCUAUUUCUAACGACACGGCCAUCACCGCUACCGCAUGUGCUAUACUUUUCGCUACUUCCUUUGCACAAGUGGAUUUCGAGGAUUGUUGUGCUCCAGUCGUUGUUGCAUACGAUACUAUACACGAUUCAGUAUGCAAGAAAGGGUACGCUUGCCAAGUUGCAAAAAUUGGCGAACGUCUGGGGUAUUAUUGCUAUGGCUCUUUUCCUCUUGAUUGGGAUCACAUCUUUGCCCAAAAUCAGGAGGGUCAAUUUCCAGCUUUUCUAUUGCGUUCACUAUGCGGCUACUUGGAUGAGCGUCGUUUUGCUUCAAUAUCACGCUCGCCCCAAUAUGAAUAUGGUGUCUAUCAUAAAUGUGACGCUUCUUGUGGGCCAGAUUGUGUACCGUGUGUGGCACACCAAGGUUUCGACCAUUUCAGUUAUACCUGUGUCGCCGUCGAUUAGUGUGGUGGAGUUCCCGAUGUCAGAUUUAUGCAAGAAACCUAUCUUGCCCUCGGGCCAUAUUCGCAUGAACAACUAUCACCGUUUCUGGUUGAAGCGUUGGUUUUAUCAUUUGAUUCCCUUCCAGCACCCUUACACUAUCGCAUCGUUGCCCAACGAGCCAACGGUAAGGCUUAUCGUGAGAACUGGGAGGUUCCCCUUGAGAACGAAUUCAAAAUACUACAUUACAGGAGCUUUUGAACCCAAGGUGGACUUCAUGUCUAAGAAGGAUGCUAGAAAUAAUCACAGGCUUUUGCCAUUCCAGAGUGCCACUCCGACCUUGUUACUAUCGCCGCUAUCCUUCAAUAUCAAUGCCAAGAGAGUGUUCAUGGUUGUUGGUGGGAGUGCUAUAUCGUUUGGUUUACCCAUGCUACGUAUAUUGAACUUUAACGGUGUAACGGUUAAGCUGCUCUGGGUGACUAGGGACCAUAGGGAUAUGAAGAUUCUAAAUGUGUUCAAGAAUAACUAUUCGGGACUCGAGAUAUAUGUUACCGGGACCUUGGGUGCUGAGCAAGACUUACAGAUUGAUUAUGUUGACUAUGGACCGGACACCCUGGGUGAACUGGAGAAUAGUUCGGCACAAUCUCAUCAGUUGCAGUCUCAAUCUCAAUCACAAUCACAAUCACAGGAGCACCAACACCUGCUGCAAACGCCUAUAAAACGCCGUCGCUCGCACCAAAGUUUACAGAGUCCAGCAUUACCAUCUUCGUCUGACCUUAACCCAACGACUAGUCUGAAUAGCGAUUCUCAAACGCAUUAUGGUUCGUUACCUACAGAUAAGGGAGGAUUGUUUUCUGCUGAGUUAGGCACAAGCGCGAAGGAUAACGAAGAUGAGUUCGAUUUCACAGACCUCUUCAGUGCCUCGGCCACCUUAAAGAGGAAGAAAUCUGUGCCAAAGAUCCAAGAAAUGCCUCCAAGUCCCUUCCAUAAAGACGAAAUGUUCCGUAAGCCAAAGGUGGUGAUACCACCUAAUGACGAAAACUAUAAGAGUGAUACCGAAAGUUUAGAAGAAGAUGAUAUGAAACUGACGAUUCCUGCAGGUGUCAAACUAGUGUUUGGAAGGCCAAAGCUCUCUCAAUUAGACUAUCAGUGGUGUUUGCAAAAAGAAUGUGCCCCACCUUCAGAAGUUGACAAUUGUUGCGUCAUGAGCGCUGAUAAUAAUGUCACUCACGUGGAUGAUCUAGCCAAGGUCUGGGUCAUAGCGGCUGGUCCCAGGGGUUUAGUCGACAGCACCAGGAGAUGGGCAAAGGAUGGUGGCUUGCAUUUCCACGAAGAAAGUUUCAGUGUGUAA